UGCGAUCGGCGCUUUAACUUCUUUUACAAGGCGUGUAAAUCAUGUCGCGCACUGUAAAAAACGAAAGUACAUUUAUUCACCUAAUCAGGCAUUAUUUUGAACCCCAGUCCUCGGGUACGAUUUCUUUUAUCAAAAUUUUACAUGUCUGAUAUUGUUAAGGAGUUGCAGUUUUUUUUUUAAAGAGGAUUAUUGAAAUAUUAAUGCAGUAUACCAAAACAGCGCACCGAGAUGGUCUUGCAAUCGCGGGGAUUUCCCAGUAGCUUGAACUGCACAUGCUUUUGGUUGGGUAUAUAUCUCUGAAUGUCUUUGGCAAUGCACAGGUUUUCUUAAAGCCCAGUAAAUGAUACGUUUAUUUUAUAAUUUAAUACAACACCCGCUAAUGGAACCAGCAUCAAUUUGAAAAACUUGCAAGUUGGAAUUCUCAUAUUUACGGUGACGAUGAGCAAAUGCAGUUUGGUGGCGUGUGAAACUUUGAUUCGUGGCCUUUAAUACUGCCUGAAUAAAUACGUGCAGGAUUGGGCAACAUCUGCUCUGACACCGUGCGUCCUUAAACACCGUCGCUUUCACGAUGACUCGAGGGGUAUUCAGAGGUUUUAUGAAGAGCAGAGCAUAGUACAACAGGAGUCUCCGUCCCCAGGCAGCAGUCACUGUCACCUCAGACUGGAGUCUCCGUCCCCAGGCAGCAGUCACUGUCACCUCAGACAGGAGUCUCCAUCCUCAGACAGGACUCUCUGUCUUUCGGCUAAAUGGCUUCCGAGGAAUGUGCUGGUGCAGAUGCCCGAUCCAGGGGCUUCUGUCGGCAGAACUCGGGUGUGGUCAGCUCGUGGGAGUUUGACCCAGCCCUGAUAAUAGGGGUGCUGAAGUUUGUGGAGAAGCUGGAGGAGCAGUACAUGUGUCCCAGUUGUGGGCGCGUGGUGCUGAACCCACACCAGACUGGAUGCGGGCAUAUCUUCUGCUACCAGUGCAUCCGAGCUUUUCUGGAAGGGGGCGCCACUCCAACAUGCCCCAUUGACAACAGUGUCAUUAAAGCCAAUGAGGUUUUUCAAGAUAAUUGUUGCAAAAGGGAGAUUUCAAACUUAGAAAUCUACUGCACCAACUCUCCAAGUUGCUCCCAAAAAGUGACUCUGUGUCGUUUGCAGGAUCACCUGAAGAUCUGUCCGUUUGAAUCGCUCCAGUGCACUAACUCGGGCUGCCCGGACGUCUUAUUGCGCAAGGACCUGGAGAAGCACCUGAGCAGCAAAUGCACCUAUCGCAUGGAGCCGUGUCCACACUGCCAGAAGCAUUACAUGCUGAUCCAGCUGAUGGACCACGAAAGCACCAUCUGCCCAGCGGUGAAGGUCCAGUGCCCUCACAACUGUCAGCAGAUGAUUAAAAGGCAUAAGCUUAAAGAUCAUUAUCACGAGUGUCCUGAAGUGGUGACGGACUGCAUCUAUAAGAAAUAUGGCUGCUGCGUUAGGGAGAAGCGUGUGAAGGUUCAGGUUCAUGAGGAUGCUGCUCUCAAUGACCACCUGCUGCUUGUUCUUGAGAGCAACACCAAGCUGGAGAAACAGAUCGAUGACCUGCAGCAGAACCUAGUGCUGAAGCAUCAUGAGUUCCAGGAGAGGACCAACUUAGUCAGCAGCCUGGAGAGGGAGUUCAAGCCACUGGCACAGCAGAUGACGAGGAGUGACCACAUGCUAUCGACCCUGCAGAGGUCCCUCGAGGAGCAGAAGGACCGGGUCUCCGCCAUUCAGCUCCAACUCCAGCAGCUCACCCAGGCUUUUAGCCAAGACUCAGGCCGCACUGAGCUGGCUCAGCUCAGGUGCUCUUUGGACAACCUGAAACAGCAGGUGUCUGUCAUUGAGGGGCUCAAAGAACGGCUGGUCAUGCUCGAGGACAACUACAUGCGUCACACGAGGCUGCUGAACAUCCACGUGGACCAGCUGCGGCGCAACGAAGAGCGCUUCCAUGAGCUGGAGUCCACCUCAUACAACGGGAAGCUCAUCUGGAAGAUCCGCGACUACCAGAAGAAGAAGAAGGAGACUGCGGCAGAGGGCCGUGCCCUCUUCAGCUCCCCCUUCUAUACCAGCCGCAGCGGCUACAAGCUGAGCGCCCGCGCCUACCUCAACGGGGACGGCUCGGGCCGGGGUACCCACCUGUCCCUCUACGUGGUGCUGAUGCGGGGCGAUUUUGAUGCCCUCCUGCCCUGGCCGUUCCAGCAGUCCGUGGCCCUCACGGUGAUGGACCAGAGUGGCAGCCGCAAGGACGUCACCACGGUCUUCAAGCCCGACCCGAACAGCAGCAGCUUCCACAGGCCCACGUCGGACAUGAACGUGGCCACCGGAUUUCCCAGCUUCGUCUCCCACGCUGAGCUGGAGGCCACCAAGGAUGCAGUGUUUGUGAAGGACGACACACUCUUCAUCAAAGUCAAGGUGGACACGACUGGCCUGGAGGACCUUUAGCUCUUAGGACCGAAGAUACACCCUUGUGCAAAUUCAUUGAAACAAGUAGGAAUUUUUUACAAUCUGAUUUUAAAUUUCAUUCAGAAAAGCCAACAAUAUGCUAUCAUUAGUUGUAGGAAACUUCUAGAGGUGCACCGAUCCCACUUCUUCAGUGUUGAUUACGAUCCCGAUACCAGAACAGUGGGUAUCAGCCGACACCAGGGCUCUUUUUUUAAACCAGUAAAUACAAAUGAAAAAAAUGUUUGCCAAAGAAGCUUUGUUAAUUAGGCUACUAGAAACAUACAUAAUGUACUGUUCCACCUCAUUUGUACAUCUUGUUUUAAGCGUUUUUGAGGCAUUUAGAGUUAGUUUUGAAUAUCUUCCCAGAGAGUAUAUGCAAGUGGCGAAUGCUUAAAAUGCCCCACAAUUUUUCUCAUACUGACAACAGCGUCACUUACACUUUGCUGCCAUCACAGCCCCUUGUGUAUCACAAGCUAUAGUGAGUGCGAAAAACAGCCCAAGCUAGUGACUCCCAAACCAUCAAUUGAUUUUUAUUCUCACAAAGUUGCAUGCGCUUUGUUUAGUGGGAAGUUCCACUAAACGCUACUCCCACUUCUCAAAACUUUGUUUUUACAAAGAUUGCAAAUCGCUGUGCUAUUUGUUGUUGUUAAAAGCGUAAAAUACUUCCUGAUCGUCACCCUCUUAUCUGAUGUUCUUACGCUCCUCCUACUGCAAAGGGUAUGCAGUGUAACAGCAGGUGGAAGUCACUGCGCUCACACCCACUGAGACGCAGAAAAAUUGAUGGCAGCCUUAGCGUUGAGCUUGAAUGGCACAAAAACACAUCUAAUAUGGGAAAGAGCUGUUGUGCGAUUGAUUGUACAAUUUAACAAGAAAUAGGAGCUCUCUUUUUACAGACUGCCGAAAACUAAAUAAAUAAGUAUUGGAUGUGGAUCGGUUGCAUAUGGCCGAUACCCGAUCUGUCUAAUCAGCAUGGAUAUCUUUCAGCAUGAUUUAGCCCUGUGCCAUAUGUCAAAAAUAGUGAGGACUUUAAUCAAGAAGAAAAUCAAGGUACUAGACUGGCCUGGAAACUCUCUGGAUUUAAACCCUAUAGAGAAUCUGUGGUCAGUCGGUAAGCGGGGCCUUCGGGGAAUGGACUCUACCACAAAUGAUAAACAUAUUCUGGCUUUAAUUCAAGUAUCAUACUGGGACCCCAAGAGCGUCAAAGACAGCUCAAAAUCAAUGCGUACUUUAGUUUAGGGUUGGAUUGAUAUUUGAAUUCGCUUUAUCAAUUAUUGCUGCAAAAAAUAUCAAGAUUACUGAUAAUCUCUAAACACAUGAUCAUGAAUGACAAUAUGUUUAUAUAGCUUAUAUUGCAUUUUCGUUUACAUAGGUAAUGUUUUGUUAAUAAUGCCCUUAAAACAGUGCUCUAUAACCUAUAAUUUCCAAUAUUUGGUUGACACAAAUAUCUAUGUCGCUGUGCAGACAGCUUUACAGUCUAAUGCAAAUCUAGCACGUGAAAGCCCUUUUUGUCAUGUUUACAACUCAUGACACAAAUGCAAAAACUACUCAAGACCCAAUUAAAGCAUUCUUUUCACCUUCUAUUUUCUCCAUUUGUGGCAGGAAGUAUUGCCCAAAUAAACAGCACACCAGCAGUGGACAGUAUUGUAAGCGUGUACUGUAGCUCAGUGGGCUAAGCCUGUGUGCCUGUAAUCACAAGGUUGCCCGUUCAAACCCAGCCUCAGCUUGUCUGCGGGGUCCUUGAGCAAGGCCCUUAACCCCCAGCUCCCUGGUGGCUGCUCUUCAUGGACAGCAUGCUCCACAAAGAGCAAGUUGAGGGAGGCAUAAAAAGAAUUUCCCCAUGAGGGACAAUAAAGGAUUGAUUAUAAGAAAAGUAAACAAUGCCCAACACAGACAUUAUGCAGUUUAAUAAUAAUAAUAACUAUCAUAAUCACAAAAAAAACAAUAAGAUAGGAAGGCAAGUUUUAGUACGCUAUAUAUACAGCUCUGAAAUACAUUAAGAGACUACCAUAUUUUUAUAAAAUGUGCAUUGGUAAAUUCUGGUUUAAUCGUGGUUCUGCUGGCAGAAGGCUAUGCUGAGCAGCAAGAUGUUCCCAGGUUCAAAAUUUCUAAGACAGCAGUACACAAGAAUAAGGUGAAGCAGGAGACACUGGGAACAACCAGAUACCAACCAGGUUAAGGGUGGAAGCAACUUUCUAAUGCCAGAUGUGACUGUUAACUUAUCCGACAGUUUCUCAUGAAUCGGAGGAAGACAUCAAGUUCCCAUUCAAAAGGAAUGGGAAACAUUAAGUGCAGGUGUGAA